AUGUCCCAGUUGAAUAGCAGGCAGCCAUCUUUGGGGGUGGUGGUGACAGAUAACGGCAGACAAUUUGACAAUCAUAGCUUCAAGACCUUUUGUGCAAGUCAUCACAUCAAUCAUAGAUUGGCCUUGAUCACCCACCCUCAAUCAAAUGGGCAAGCCAAAGUGAUAAACCAAGUCAUUCUCUGGGAUCUAAAGACCAGGUUGAAAAAGGAGAAAGGGAUUUGGACAGAUGAGCUGCCUAAUGUGUUAUGGGCGUAUCACACGACUCCACAGGAACCGACCGGGGUGACACCAUUCAGACUAACCUUUGGGAUGAAAGUAGUUGUUCCAGUUGAGAUCCUAAGUGAGAUUGGUAGGAUGAAAGUCAAGCAGCCCGAUGACACAACGACCAGAGGAGAACUGACCUGCUUAAGGAGGUAA